AUGAAUCACAAACGCGCAGGUUUUGGCCGUUCAUCACGCCCCACGUUUGCUAAGGAUCCUGCACUGAUCGAGCUGCAGUUUGUACAGUCAAUUGAGGAUUGGAGGAAAGAAAUGCAAAUCAGCCAAAUGAUUCUCGUGGGUCACUCGUUCGGUGCAUUUUUAGCAAGUUCUUAUGCGAUCGAGAAUCCGGAACGGGUACGCCAUUUGGUUCUCGUUGAUCCUUGGGGAUUUCCGGAAAAGCCGCCAGAACCGCCGAGACAACGACAUCGUCCAACAUGGAUAUGGGCUGCAACACAGGCUAUUUCUUUCUUCAAUCCUCUGACAGCCCUGCGUUUAGCAGGACCGUAUGAAUUUAAUUUAGGAGUCUCACUAAUCAAGAAAAUGCGGCCUGAUUUGAGCCUUCGUUAUGGAUGUGCAGAUCCAAAUGCCAUUUACGAGUACAUUUAUCAGUGCAAUGCUCAGGAGCCGACGGGUGAAACAGCCUUCAUUGAUAUGAGCUUCUCGUUUGGUUGGGCAAAGAGGCCGAUGCUCGGCCGGUAA